AACAAUGUCAAAUUACUAGCAUUUUGUGCGUGAAUUAAUUUUUUAUUCCCAAUUGUGACCAGUAUCAUUUAUGUGACACAAUGCCCGGCUACGAUCCGAACCGGUUUGUGGGACUCAACGAGUCGGAGAAGCAGGAGUACACGUGCGGCAUAUGUCUGGACAUAUUUGGCGAUCCCGUGGACACCAAAUGCUGCGGACAGACAUUUUGUAGACCCUGUAUAGAGGGUGCGCUCAGAGUUAAUAGUGUCUGUCCGCUGGAUAGGAGGCCAUUAAACAUUGGUGAUUUACAAAAUACAUCAAGUGCCACCAGGUUAACCUGCUUAGAACCAAACAUUGAACAGGAUACUUUAUUGCCUAUAACUGUGGUGUCGGCCAAAAGUCAUUACAGACUGAUGUCUCUGGAGAACAAGAGAAGUCUAUACAAGUGUGGCAAUGGAUACAAGACGUUGGCGGACAUCCCGUCGUGGAACCUAUACUCCCAACACAACGGCAUUAUUCACAACCGGUUCGUGACGUCUGCCUUUCCCUACAACUAUAUAAUCAACGAUAAGGUGUCGGUCUUUGUUGGCGACAUCACUGCUCUGGAAGUGGACGCCAUUGUCAACUCAGCCAAUGAAUACCUCCGAGGAGGCGGAGGGGGUCUGUAA